AAUGCUCAGCGAUUGGAGAAAAAGAUCAAAGAAGCGUCGAAACCGAAACCACAACCCCUCACAACAACCAAAAUAGACAUUGACGCAGCUAACUCAGGGGAAUUAACGGAAUCUGAAAGAGCGGAAGCAGCGACAAAAAUUCAAAAGCAUUUUGAGAACUUCCUUUCAGGCAUAAUCACUGAACCUGAGACUCCACCUCAUGAAGAACGUCUAGGAGAUCCUUCAAUAACUGGGAAAAGAAAUCAGGAGGAUAUCUCACCCAACCCGGUCGUACAAACAAGCUAUAUUGAAAAUGAGAGGGAGUCUGAGCCUUCUAUCCUGAAAAUUCAGAAUAAAAUUGAGCAGUUCAAGGACAAAAGUGAAUGGAAAGAUAGAAAUCUUCACAGAAUCCCUUCAAGAAGGCGAUUUGGGACCCCAUCAAGGAACCGAUUCGAUGAUUAUUCUAACCGGCCCGGAGUUCUUCGAACUCACAGAAGUCCAACCUAUCACAGAAAUCGUUGGUCAGACUAUGAUAUUUCUGAGUCAGAAAAUCGAUUUUCACGUCAACCAUUUGGCGGAAGAAGGUUCCCAGGUCUUUCUAGAGCCUCCAAUCCUUACUGGUACAAUGAAGAUCACGAAGAUUAUAGGAGAAAUACCUACUCAACGGUUGAUCGACAUUCUAAAGAUUUCAGUAGCAAUUAUCGAAACCUACCCUACAGAUAUCCUAGCAUUCAGAAGGAGAACUCUGAUACGCGUGAUCAAACCGUAAAUGGCAAUGAAGCGAGACAGCCGAAAUAUGAUUACAUUGAACGACCUCAAAGAAGAGAACCCAAUGAAGUGAAAUAUAGUGAGCUUGCAAAAGAAAUCACAUCCUUCACUGUUUUGAAUAGAAUGGCAUAUAAUCUCUUGGCCAGUUCGAACUUCUCUAUUCCCAGUCCUAAGACACGUAAUUCCACCGAGUUCAAGUUUACAAUGGCCAUUAUUGAUGGCACGUUGGAGUACCUCGAAUCCGAACUUAAGGAAGUUGAAGAAAUGAGUGAUUAUGAUACUUUCAAUUUCUAUAAGUCAGUGCCUGAUAGACUCUCUCAGCUUACAGAUAUGACAAAGAGAGCACAAGCUCUGUCAAGUGAUUCUGCUGAACCACUCGAGUAUAUCAAGAAUCAACAGCUGGAAGGAAUCUUUGUAAUGAUGGAUGAUGUUGUUAAGGAAAUCGGCAAGAUGACUGAAACUCUCAGUAUGGAUUAUGAUGACGAUGAAGCUUCCAGGUUGGAAAGACUUAUGCUUCUUGAUGAAUAUUCAAGGGACUAUGGGGAAUGUGAGAAUAGGUGGACAGUUGCCGAUGAAAUCGCCUUUCUUAAGAGGAAAUUGGACCAGUGCAUGAAACUCUGUUCACAAUGUUCUUAA